UCCGCUCCCGCUCGUGGGCGCGCUUCCGCCCACCCAGAGACCCGCGACCCAGCGCCUGUGCACUUCGCGGUACAGUCUCUUGUCUGGAAGCGUCUACGGGCCGCCGACCAUGCCCGCGGGUGUGCCCAUGGGCACCUACCUGAAAAUGUUCGCAGCCAGCCUCCUGUCCAUGUUCGCGGGGGCCGAAGUGGUGCACAGGUACUACCGGCCCGACCUGACGAUACCUGAAAUUCCACCGAAGCCUGGAGAACUCAAAACAGAGCUUUUGGGCCUGAAAGAGAGACAACACGAACCUCAGGUUUCUCAGCAGUAGAAAUGAAAUAUAACUAUGCCAACUAUGUGAAUAAUAUUAUUUUAAAUAUGUAUUUAAAAAAAUUAUUGAGUCA